UUGCUAAGUUGGACGUAGCAGUAACAACCUCCAUCUUGUCUUGACACUUUUAGAGACUUUUUAACGUAUUUCAAGGGCCUAAUUCAAGAGAAUGGAUGAAUACCAGUCAGCAGAGGAGACUUCAUUCGUUGUAGAUGAAGUCAGUAAUAUAAUAAAGGAAGGAAUCGAGAGCGCAAUCGGAGGAAACGCAUACCAACACAACAAAGUCAACCAGUGGACUUCAAACGUUGUGGAGCAGUGUUUGAAUCAACUUACCAAGCUUGGGAAACCUUUCAAAUACAUCGUUACCUGUGUUAUAAUGCAGAAAAAUGGUGCUGGUCUUCAUACUGCUAGUUCAUGCUACUGGGAUAAUACCUCGGAUGGGAGUUGUACCGUGAGAUGGGAAAACAAGACCAUGUACUGUAUCGUCAGUGUGUUUGGCUUGGCGAUUUGAAGAAGAAUUCUGAAGAUUCAUUCACUAAAAAAGUCAUUUAUGAAAAACAUUUCUGUCAUGGACAAUUUAUAAAGGCCUCGAGUUCCUUCUAAUACCGUCCAGUACGAAACCAUAAACAUUUUCCCACCUUAAUUUAAACCAUAUUACUCCGGCCUAGAUUUAGAGUGCCUUGAUUAUUGUGAUGUCUUGAAAAUCUUUAUAUAUAUUUCAAUCAAGAGUCUUUCAUUUUUUAAAUAUUAUUUACCGUAUAUUAUUACGAUAUCAGUAUACAUCUACAACUCCUGAACAUAUAAUACUGUAUAUACAUAUGUGUGAUUUAGUAGUUGUUACUAUAUUAUGCGAGUUAAUUUUCUAUUAUUUUUUUGUACCAUUUAUGUACUCAGUAGCCAAGAAGCCGUAGAAAUAUUUUAAAAAAUUAAAAAAUUACUGGAUAUUAAAUAAA